AUGGACCUGGGCCUGGACCGAGACGUCGGGGAGGACCUCACUUUCGUGAUCAUCAUGAAGACUAUGGGGGUAGAGACAACCACCCCAUGCACAGAGGCAGAGGCAGAGAGAGCAAAGCCAGAGGAGGAGCUCAACCUGGGCAGUAGUGGUGCGCCACCUAGAGACCAGGACUACAGAGACAUUGAUUAUCGAACUGCCUCAAGGGCCUUUGAUUUCAAACCUGAGUUGCUUACCACACCACUCAAACUUGAGAGUGAAACAGCUGCACCAGACAGAUUUAUCGAAUCUGCUUCACAGGACCAAGACUACAGGGGUGCAGUGUUUCAAGACCCGGUGUCCACAACUGUCUCUAUCACGGGUAUUCCAAAAACUGCUACCAUGGAACAGAUUUUGGAAGCCUUCACCUCUCCUGAUGGUGUUCCACUUCAGGGAAUGAAGAUCAAGACUAUUGUUCCAGGUUACAGCUACGAUACUGCCAUUGUGGAGUUUUUAAACCGCGAGGAUGCAGUCCACAUCAUGGAUUCCAACAAGGCUUCUCUCAAGAUUGGCUCUAGUUUGGCUUCCAUGAAAUUUGUCCGGCCAGAGGACUGUGAGAGAGGCACUCCGGAAUCCGAUCAUGGCUUUCCCCAUGACCCUAAGUCCCACAAAGCACAUGCCCCUCCAGAGGAGCUGAAGAGUGGUCUGAUCGACUCUGUGCCAGGCCUGGCCACGGACGGGAGCAGCACAGAGUGGCUGCGCAACUCUGACCUCACUCCGGAGGCAUGGCAGCGGCAGGUGGACCAGCAACUCAAGCAGCCAGACGACACGCAGCGAGAGCCUUGGUCCUGCCAACAACCUCCACCGCUACAAUCAGGCCAAACUGACUACAGCGAAAGCAAAACCCUAAUUAUAAAAUAUGUGAAGCCCACUACAACAGUAGAAACCAUUCUGAAGGCCUUGGACCCUUAUGCCUAUUUGGACGAAAGAAGUGUCCGCAUUGUCAAGGCUAAAACUGGCAACAAGUGUUUCUGUUUCGUCGAUAUGGAAUCACAUGAGCAAGUGAAACGUCUUGUGGAUCUUCUGUCCAAGCUCAAGCCUGUCUACAUCGACGGUUUUAGAAUUUAUGUUGAAAUCGCUAAACCUUUGAAAAACACUCCUCAAUCAAUCCCAACAUGGACACCCCCAGCUCAGCAGCAGCAGCAGCAGCAGCAGCAGCAGCAGUCAUUCAUGCCUCCUCCACAGUACAUGCCGCCCAUGCCUCCUCCUGUCAAUGCACCCACAGAAAUGCAAGGUGGUUUGAUGCCUGUCACUCCUAAUCUGCCCCUGCCCAUAAACCCCAGCAUUACCCAGAGUCUUGGAUAUGUUGAUGUUAAAGUUCCAACCGAACCAGUCGUUCCAGAGUCCCAACAACCUGUUUACUAUAUUACUGACACUCCAGAUGUGAGCAACUAUUUAUAUGAUGCCACGUCAGGCUUUUACUAUGAUCCAGAGACGACACUUUACUAUGACCCGAAUUCGAGGUAUUUCUACAACGCUGAGACUCAGAUAUACCUUUACUGGGACCCUGCACUGAAGGCUUAUAUUCCAGUACCUGGGAGUCAAUCUGCAGAAGGACUGACUAUGGGAGACCAAGCCAUUCUGUCCAAUCCUGCUGCAGACGCCCCUCUGGAGAUGAAGAAACCCCCACCUAAUCCUCAUAUAGCUCAGAGCCCCAAUGUUGCACACAACCCCCCCGCUCCGCAGAUCCCUCAAACUAUACAUGCAUCCUACACUGCAGAGACCCCUCACUCAUCAUUUAGCAUAGAAACUACACAAGCAUCCUUCACCACAGCCACACCCAGCCCACAAGUACCACCUGUGCCACCUGUCCCGUCUGUGCCUGUGCCCGUACCUGUGCCCGUACCUGUGCCCGUACCUGUGCCCGUACCUGUGCCCGCACCGGAUACUGUCACAGCACCUAAAGAACCGGCUCCAGCUGCAACCAUUCCCGUAGAGCCCACCCCAGCAGCAGAACCUGCAGUCCCAACUCAGGAUUUAAAAGACGACGAGGAGGCCCAAAAAGACAAGGAUGAGAAGCCAAAAAGUCGAGCUGCAGUGAAGAUCAUGAAGGACAUGGAACGGUGGGCAAAGAUUCAGAAUCGUCAAAAGGAAAGUGUCCGCACCCCCUCGUCUACUCUGAGAGAUGAUGGCAGGAGACAAUCCAAAUCGGCUGAUGCCGGUUUUGCCGUCUUUGAGAGAAAAGUAACCGGUGGCAGUGAAGAGCUUUUCAAGAUGCCCUUUGCUCCCAAGAAGGACGAGAAGUCAAAGCGUUCUAUGGGGUCUUUAGGUGCGCUGGUGUCAGACUAUGGAGCAGGAAGUGAUGAGGACGUGGAGGAAGACCGGGAAGAGCCCAAAGCCUCUAAAGCCGCUUCACCGGCAGAGAAGGAGGACCGUCUCACAGACUGGAAGAAGAUGGCCUGCUUACUUUGCAGAAGGCAGUUCCCAAACAAAGACGCUCUUGUUCGGCACCAGAGUCUCUCUGAUCUUCACAAACAAAACAUGAAGCUCCACCUCAAGAUAAAAAAAUCUAAAAAGGAGCUGGAAGCACUGGAAAAACAGGAACAACAGUUAAAAGCACAAGCAGCCACAAAAUCGCCAGAGCAGAGAAAGCGGAAACCACGUUCCCCACCUUCUCCACCUUCUCCCCCUCUCCCAGCACCGCAGCCAAAACCACAGCGACAGCCACAACCACAGCCACAGCGGGACUGGGCUGAAAGUGAGAGACCUGGGUUAGGAGCAGAACCGAUCCCUGCACAGAAAAAGAAGAAAAAGGUGUAUACUCAUGCCGCCUAUAAACAAGCAGUGCGCAAUGCCAUGUUUGCGCGAUAUAAGGAGCUGGAUGCGUGCUCCAGCACUUUGCCGAAGUGA